AUGGGAUUAAGUCUUCUACGGUCCUUGGUGUGGCUGAUGAGCUGCUGGGAUGCAGCUGCAGAUACGAUCAAUGCCGACAUUGUGUUCGUUGCAAAUUCCUGGCUGCUUCGCCGCGGCCUGCGCCUUCGACGUGGGACGGAUCUUUUCACUCUUCCCAGGUGCUGGCUUCAUGAGGAUCCGUUCUUGUACAGAAUCUACGCCUACGACCACUGCUGCUGUGAUCCAUGGGAAAAGUCGCACCGAUGUUGGACAGACAUCGAUGGCAUGCGCCCUCGUGCCACAAAGCGCCACCACUGUUGUGUGUACACCUAUGGGCCAGGCACGUUCUGCAUGAAUCGCGAACAUGUCCAGCUGAGCUAUCCAGGCUUGCCUCUCAUAAAGGCUCGCUUGCAGCCGUCAGAUUAUCCGUGGAAAAGCUUCUUUCCCAACCUGCUAACUGAAGCGCAGUUGUUGCAGCCUUUGCACGGAAGAGACGGUGCCCCUGGUCCUGCUUUGCGUGUUGCUGACCUUGGUGCUGGCAAAGGCAUAGAUUCCAUUGCUCUUUCUCUGAUGGGACAUCGUGUUGUCUCUUUGGAGUUAGACCGACUGGAGCUCCAGUUGCUCGAGGCGAAUCGCAUGCUCAACAACGUCUCCUUCGAGAUCGUAGCCGGAGACUUCACACUGACAAAUCAGACGGCAGAAGCACUCCUGGGAGCCAACGAGGCGUUGCCCUUUGAUGUCAUUGUGGCGAACUACCUGCUGCACCUGCCGACCGAGCAGUUUCUAGUUUUUUUGGAUUUGGUUGACCGAGUUGGAGCCCAGGACUUCCUUUGGCUCUGCCCGUGUGGCCAAGAAGUUUACGACUUAUAUGACUACCAAGCAGUGAACCGUGAGCAUGCCUUUGCUCGCUUUGAGCUUGUUGAUGCUGUGACCUUCGUAAACGUGGGAAAUGCUUUCGAACCUGAAGUUCAGCUCGGCCAGACCCGCAUCUGUGCGCUGCAGCGCAGGCGCCCGGCUUCUGCCUGGCGCUAUCGCUGGCCUCGCGCCUUUGCCAAGGCCGUCCUGCGGCCGGGGCCGGACUGCAUUCCGCCGCUCUGGCGCUGCUCCCCCGACCAUUUCAUCACUAUGUAG